AUGCCUGAACGAUACUCGGCAGAGUUUCUGCUGCAUUUGCGCCAGUCGCCGCUAUGCGUCAAGCCUCCGAAUCUGCCCCCUCCCGAGGAGUGGAUGGGACCACCUCCAGAGACAUUCCGCAAUCAGCAGAAAGCAUCCAAUGACCGAACCAAGUCCGGAGAAGGUGGUGUACCCCCGAAUCAGGAGAACAGGCGUCCGCCGCACGACCGCAAUGGCUCCAGAAAUGCAGCGAACCCGGAGGAUCUCAUCCUCGGCCCGCCGCGGACAAGCUUCGCGUCUGCGUCUGCCACGUCAAUGCGCGGCUCCCGGACCGGCGACGCCGAGAAGGGGUUCAGGGACUCAGACCGACAUGAUCGUAACGACCGAUUCAACUUCCGUAACCGCGUCAACGACUCGGACAACCCCAGCGACAGGUUCGGGAGAGAUGCGAGGGACGGCCGGAACGCUGGCUUCCGCAGGCGGCCCGACCAGGACCAAGACAGCGAGGGUUGGAGCACCGUGAAGCCCCGCAAGAGCUUUGGCCACGACGGCGCCGAGCGUUUCCACGGCCGCAUGGGCGGCGUCGGAAAUGACCGCUUUGGCGCGCGGGACGACGCCCGCCGGGCGCGGGACCGCGACGACCGGGACGCCGGUGGCCGAGGCAACCGCAAUUUCGAGCAUCGGUCGCGAGACCAGGAUGGCGACGAGGCCGAUACCCCGCGCAGGAACGGACUGGGGCGCGGCAAGUCGGAGUCCUGGUUCCGAGACAACACAGCCGGCAGCACCUCGGACGCGCCCCCCAUGACCCAACGGGAGCGCAUCGAGAGGGCCAAGAGCUGGCGUGACCGGGAUCCGGAGGACAAGCCGCACGACAGGUUUAGCGAUCGAAACGAUCGAAACCUCGACCGAAAGUGGGAUCGCGACCGUCAUGCUCGCGUCGAGAACGACCCGGAGUGGCUGGACGAGCCCGCUGAGACCAAGACGCAAGGCCACACGGAGGAGGAUUUCAAGAAGUUCAUGGAGUCCAUGAAGGCGGGCAGAACGGGCGGCGGCGCGCCGAAACAGGAGGAAAAGCCCAGCGCGCCGCCUGAUCAGCCGCCCGCUACCACGGCCGUCGAAACGGAAAACAAGGUUGCCUCGGCGCCUGCCGUAGAGCCGGGGCCAGACAAGUUCUUCGCCGCCUACGGGAGCUCUGGCCUCGACGUCGGGACGCCGAUUGCCGAGGUCAAGGACGCGAUCAAGCCCAAGACCGCAAAACCCUCGAGAUUCAUGGCCUUCUUAGCUCCGCAAGACGAUAGCCGAGCAAAGACGGAACCGGCAACGCCCGCAGCGGCGGGACAGUCAGGCGAGAAGGCCGCCUCGUCGCAGCAGAGCGACGCCGACAAGGAAGCGUUCGCACUCCUCAUUCAAAAGCUCCAAAGAUCUGGGCUCGGAUCGUCCUUGCAAGGCAGCGCGCCACCAGCCCAGACAACAACAACAACAACAACAGCAGCACCCGGCAUGUUCCCGGAGCCGUCACCUUUCCAAGAGCUGCAGCAGAAGAGCGCCGUGACCUCGCCGGAGCCAUUCCAGCAAUACGGCAACAGUGGCAGGCGCGACGAUCCACGCGCGCGCACUUCGCAACAUUCGCUCCACGACAUGAUCUCCCCUCGGCCGACCGGCCUCCCCAUGCCGCCUCCGCCGGCCACUCGCCCGGAGCAGGCCCUACAGGAACUCCUCGCCCAGCGGCACCAGUUGCCAAGCCAGCCGAGCACCCGCGCAGAGUCGCAGAAUGCCAGCGCCAUCAAUCGCAACAGGGAAUUCCUGGUAGGCUUGAUGCAAGGCCACCGCGAGGUCCCCGAGCCCGCGCGCCCCGAGCAGCUCCUCCGCAUGCCGCAGCCGACCAAGCAGGUCUCGCUGGCCAACGUGCCGGACCGCGAGCAAGACUAUUCCCGCGAGCGGAGCGCCUCCCAGCGUCAGCAGAUGCGGGGCGGCCCCCCGGGUUUCCUCGACGACGGCCAGUUCCAUCCGGGUGACGUGGACUCCCGCCCUCCCCCGCAACCGACCCAGAUCUUGCAGCGCCCGCCUCCUCCGGGCCUCGAUCACCAGAUGCACCCCUUCCACAUGGGCGGAGUCAACCCCGCCGUCUCCGCAGCAGCAGCAGCAGGCCAGAUGCCUCCCCAACGACCCAUGAUUCCGCCUCCGGGCUUGAUGAACAACGGUCCCCGGAACAUUCCCAUGCCUGGCAUGUUCCCGCCCAACUUCCCUCCUCCCCACGGCCAUAGCGGUCCCGGUAACUUCCCUCCCGGCCCGCCUCCCCCACACGCUGGUGGCCCUCCACCUCCCGAUGGCAUGGUCGGUCCGCCCCCGGGGCCUCCCCGCUCGAUGCAACCCCCUCCGGGUUUUUUCGGCGGGCCACCACCGCCGGGAUUCAUGCCGCCGCCGGGAAUGGGCGGCGGCAGCGGUUUCCAAGGUCCUGACGGGCCACAGCCACCCAAUGCAGGCCCUGGUCCCGGUCCCGGUCCCGGUCCCAACCACGGCGGCAUGGCCGGCUUUGGCGGGAUGCCAAGCCCGUUUGAGAGAUUGGAACGCAUGGCCGGGAUGGAUAGGCGUGGCAUGAUGCCACCGCCGGGAGGAUACCGGGGUCCUUGA